AUAUAUAUAUAUAUAUAUAUAUAUAUAGAAAGACGCGAAGAAAGGAAGAAUGGAGGGAAGACCGAAAAUCGAAAUCGUCCGCGUACCUUCGAACGAGCGCGGUAACUUCCGGUCCUUAGACGGUGUCCGUAAUAAUUACGGCCACAUUCGUGUGGGCACGUACUAUCCGGAACCGGAAGUCAAAGUGGUAGUUUGUGACAGCAAACCGCCUAUCGAGCAAUCUCGGAAAUUUAAAAAGCAUUUGGGACCAGUUUCAAAAUUGCUUAGACGUCGUCAUCACGCGACAUAUCUUGCGACAAAAUCCUGUGAUAAUAUUUAUAGCGUGAAUAGAAGCACUAGCUCCUUAGACUGGAGGGUUAAUCAAACGACGAACGAGAAAGGCCUUCAAUCUCGUCAAAGCAAUAGCCUAGAUUGGCGGGUAGGAAGAUCAAUUAACAAAUUGCAUUGGAGGGACACUACUCGUAGCGCGGAACAGCUUUCAAGAAGUGGAGCAAUCAGUUCUGAUCACCUUCAAACACCCAGUACAAAAUCGAAACUCAUUUCGCUACUUCGACGGCUCUCCCCUCGACUCUCUCGACCAGGAAGCAAAAAUUCCUUGCAAGCAUCGCCGACCAUUUGUCCUUGGGUGCAGGUAGAAUACUCCUCGGAAUCGAUUAACGACGGAUUACGCGAGGAUUCGCAGGAAAAUGACGUGAGCUUCCAGAGAGAAUUGCAACUCAAUGAAUUGAGGAAACGCAUGGCUGGAAUCCCUACCACUUCUCAGGUUACCACAAAAAUCGUUAAGGAUGGGAAGGAACAGCAAAGUUGUACACAGAUCAGGAUACAAGUGCAAGAACCGGAAAACGAUUAUACUAACGCCUCAAACUCUGUGCACGAGGACCGCGGGGACGAGGAUCGUCGACGGGCCAGCGGUCAAACACGCGGUGGUGGCGGCGAGGUAGCGGGCCUGGAGGACGUCGGCGACUACUGCGCCGCGACGCGGACGCCGUCGGUCCCAGGCGCCGCCGGCAUCAGAGCGAACCGCCGCGCAAGGCCCCUCUCCCUUGCUGUGCAACCGCUUAAUUAUCGCCGCCUCGAUCCGGAUCCGAAAAUCGCCGUCAACAUCGUAACCAGCCACCAGCCCAACAGGACUAGCCAGGAGAGCAUCGGCAGCGGCAGUCUGGACGUCGAUCAAUCCGCGUCCGCCCGAUCAGAGAAUACCAUAGAUACUAUAUCGAAGAAGACGUUGCACAGUCUGAAUUUAUCUUGCAACGGUGACUCGGUUUCUUCGUCGGAUAAUCUGGCAAACGGUAGCAGUGAGACGCUGCAGAAGUCGCAUUUAACGCCAGAUGAGAAAUUAAACGUCAGCAAUGGUCAUCGAAGCAGUCCGGAACCAGAGCAGCUGACAGUGAAGAAACCUAGUUACUUGGGCCUGGCGUGUAGCAUCAGCGGUUAUUCCGGGAUCAACAGAUACGAUAGCAAACUCAGGGAAGGAUUUCGAUCGAGGGACAGUAGCCCUGGGACCAGGUUGAUCACUCGAGACACUAGCCCAGCAAGUUUCAGAUCGAACGAAUAUCUGAACGUACCGGCGCAUCCUCAUCCACCUAAGAGCCAAUCAAUUUCCCCUCUAGCUAUGGACAGACAAAACGGUUUCUCGAACGGUUUGAAGGAAGAGUGUAAAGUGGAGGCUUACAGGGAAUCGAGAAACUCGAUAGGUAUAUAUCAGGGUUACUCGGAAGUCGACAAAGGCGUCUUGACGACAUUCCCUGAAAUUAGCCCGGUCAUAUCUUCCACACCUACGAAACGCAGCCCUGGAGUUUCGCAGAUGAUGUCUUGUAGCCAACAGAACAAACAUUUCUCGGUAACUUCCCCGAAGCGAGAUGCCGCCAGUCUUGCGAGCGCCUCGCUUAACGAAACGAACGUAUUGAACGGGUCGACGGAGGAAGUAGGUAGUCAGAUGAUGAGCAACACUCCGAGCAGCGAGAAAUCUUUCAUCCAACAGCGAGUGGAACGGCUGUACGGGCCCGGGGCUCUCGCCCAAGGUUUUUUCUUCAAACGCAGCACUACCAGGCUGAACACUAGCGAUACCAUUUCCAACAAGUCUAGUAACAACAACGACGUUUCGAUAGAGAACGCAAAUACGGAGGAAUCGUUGAAGAACUUGCCCGUGUUGAGACACCUGAGACCAGAGUUUCGAGCUCAACUUCCCGUGGUAAGCCCUAGAAGACCUACGGACGGCUCGGAACAAAUUCUCAAACCUCUGCAAAGGGUGUCGCCGGUGUCUCGAAAGGUCGAGCAGAAACCAAAAAUACCAGCUGCUACGAAUUUAGAUGGGAAUUUAACCGAUAGUAACGCGCAGGAAUUAAGUUCUAGCGUGACUAGCAUCCCGGAUCAACAGCCAGCUGCGCCAAAAGUAGUCUUACCUGUCUUAGAAUCGAGCGCCAGCUCGACAAAUGUGGCGAAACAGGUUCAGGAGGCGGAGAAAACGGUGGAAGAGAAAAAUGGACAUUACUUUAUGAAGUUGCUGAAACAGGAGACGGACAGACUGCUCUCUUUAGCCGCGUUAGCGGAAGCGGAAUUGGCCAGUAGUGGCGAUAGCGUCCCACUUCCGGAAGAGGCAGCCGGAAAAUUGCGCUCAGCCGCUGGCAAAGCUAGACUGCUCGCUUCCCAAAAGAUGCAACAAUUCGAGGGACUAUGCCAGAAAAAUAUCAACCAGGUACCUGGCGAGGAAUUCCCAACGACGAACGAAGAUCUGGCUGGUUUCUGGGACAUGGUGAUGUUACAAGUGGUCCAAGUAAACGAACUAUUCGAUCAGAUAGAAAAAUUACGCAGUUCUCAGUGGCAAGAGACCGUGCCGGAGAAAAAGACGAUUACUUCAAUUCCGCAGAAUGGUAGCACCGCAAAACGUCGCGUCCCACCAAUUCACAAAUCAAAAUCGACGGCCAACAGCGAGGCGAAUAAAAAAGCAAGGGAAGCGAGAGAACAAGCUCGAAGGCAAUUGAUCGAGGAGAAAAGACGAGCGAUGCGCUCGAAUGCGAAAAAUUCCGAGAAUACCGUAAAGAUCUUCGCCCCCGAUACGUAACGAAAAAAAAAAAAAAAUAAUAAUAAUAAUAAUGGCGGCGGAUCUGUUGAGUAAUUUUUAGCAGCGUUUUUUUGGUGACGCUUACGCCUCGAGCCAAAUCAAAUUGCGGUAUUUUUUAUGCAUUUUCUUGAACAACUCCGAAUCUCGUCGAGCUGUCUGGCGAACAAUUGGUCGAAGCUUUUUCAUUGGCGAUUAAAUACGAUGCUCAUUGGUUCGCGUUCGAGCCCGACAAGCCUAUGUUAUUAAUAGUUUGAUGACAAUUAAACGCCCAGACUGCUCGAUAUGGAGUUGAAUUAUAAACAAUUACCGAUAUGCUUCGAUUACAAUCAAACUCGCUUUAUAUCGUUAAAUAGGGUUGAGCGUUGUGGGGCACCACACGAGCAAUAAAAGGCCGAUUCAUGGUAUAUAAUUGAUAGAUAAUUAGGACGAUCGAUUUUUUUUAGAGAUUGAUUUUUAUAUAAAAUACGAAAAAGAACUGGAUCCAGAUUAAUACGAAAUGAAGUUUUUAAUGAUUUUAUUAAUGAUAUUUUAUUAAUGAUGUUUUUCGUCUCACGCUCUGUCUCACACACACGUUCGUUUCACUUCGAUUUUACACGCUGUGAUGUUUCGUGCUAAUCUUGUUACGUUUUAUAUCAAUUUACGCUCUCGUUCGAUUUAUAUAAUACGAUAUUUAACGUUCAAUCUACGAACGGAAUAGCACAGUAAUUUUGAGAGCAUUCUCGGCUCUUUGUUUCAUGUUUCUUUUUUGUAAGAUAAUUAUAUAUCGAGAAGAAAUCGAUGGGGAAGAAGAAGUUAUUCGAUGAGAAAAUAAAACAAUCCGGAUGAUAAAUGAAUG